AUGACUACUUUGAGAAAAUGGAAAAGUCAAGAGAAUCCGAUGACCAGAAGCUGCUUGGUACGAAAUGGAAUCGUUUUACGACCCACUCGGAUUCCUUACGCCGACUACUCUCCAAGGAAAGUUUUUUCAAGAUCUCUGCCGAGACAAUCUGCCAUGGGAUAUACCAUUGUCCGAACCUCUCCACAAACAAUGGAUCGACAUUGGCAACCAUUGGAAAGGACAACCAUGGACAAUUCCGCGUCAAUACUUCACCGGUACCUACUCAAGUUUUUCCUGAAAAAGAGGAAUCAACACCAUGAAGUGAUCAUUGCUCUGGUUUGCAUCUUUUUGAUUGGAAUCACCUCUGAAUGCACGGAAAUUGCUUCUUUUCAAGCUGCGGAUUCAGUGUGUGUUUUUCGAGACGGAAACGAAAUGUGUAUGCUGAACAAAGUGAGUAUUCUCAAUCUGAGACCAAAUGGAAGCGUUGGAUGUUUCAAUGACCUCGAAGGAGCCGAUGUAUUGCACACUGUGGAGGUAAAAGUGCAAGCAAUCAAGUCUACUUGCCAAUCACACUCUCACUUCUAUGCCCGUGACUACGACUUGCAUCAUCAGUACUCUCAUCGUUGUGCAGGAGCCGGAAGUUGCGUGUCAGCGAAGUGUUCCAAGACAACAUUGCAAGAUACUAUCGAAGAACUUUCGCUCGAUUCAAGAAAAUCUCCUGGAUUCACUAAAUGCUUCGAAGGAUGUGGAUGCGUCACUUGCGGAGGAUGUUUUCGAUGCGACAGUAGCUGUCUCUUCAAUAGAGUCUACGCUACGACAAGAUCAAACGACAUCUACGAAGUCUUCAUCUGCCAACGUGAAAAACAACUGUGGACGUCACCAUCAGUAUCGGAAGCAAAGUUUGGAAUGUGGAUAUCCACCACGGAAUUCCUUACAAAAUUCCAAGCACAAAUGUUUCCGUUACCAUCACUAGUUUUUCCACUCCACCGUCACCAAUCCAUGGAGCAACAUUCAUCAAAAGAACUGUUCGACAAAUCAUUGUGCACUUGUAUGGGACAAGGCACUUACGUGGAUUGUCUUUGCAAUAGGAUUUCGUUGGAAGACAUUGUCAAGAGGACUUUAUUGCCAAGACUAGAAACGGAUACGAUCAUUCGGGAGCAUGAAGGAAGAGUGACCACGUCAACUGCAACAACUGCUUUGGUGAACUUGCAGCUCAACUUUGCAAAUCAAACCAUCAGCCGUGCCGCUCGGGAGGGUGCUUGUAAAGCAACAUCACAGGAAGUCGUGGGCUGCUAUUCUUGUAACGAAGGAGCCACCGCCAAGGUGAAAUGCUUCUCUGACCUGGACGACUCGAUUUCCGUAUUGAAGUGCCUAUCAUCGAUCUCGUUUUUGGAAUGCAGCAAGAUCGGAGUCAUCAAUGAAGUGUUCUUAUACACUUCGAGUGCUGAUCUCAGUUGGGAUUGUGAAGUUUCAUGCGGGAAUGGAUCAAGCUCGAUUACGAUGCGAGGACAGCUACAGGACCAACUUCGUUUCGAGAAGAAGGAGUAUGGAACAGAUCGAUUACAGAGUGUCAUCUUCGAUUCAAUUGGCACUCAUCUUGCGAAUGCGGUAACCACGGUUUUUGGAGGACUGCUCAAAUGGAUUUCCAGUAUUUCGGUGAUUUCUCUGGUCUUCUUGAUAAGUCUUGUUUUUAUUAUCUACCGAGUUCUUUCUCGUGCCUUGCCGUUUCCGUGGCGAGUGUCACCUUUGGUGAGAAAGAAUAAGCGAUUGGAGGAGAAAAUGUAG